CUGACAUGGCGCUCAACGUGGCCGCCUUGGUCACCAUGGUGGUCCUGUACGUGGUUAUUUUCCUCGUGGGACUGCUGGGGGCCCGCAAGAAGAGACAGCAGGCCCGGGAGAUGUCUGACGCUUCCGACAGCCAACUGCUCAUGAACGGGGGCCGCAGCUUUGGGAUGGUCGUCAGCACCUUCACUAUCGUAGCCACCUGGGUAGACGGCGGCUUCUUGAACGGCACCGUGGAAGUGAUAACAGAGCGGGGCCUGGUGUGGUGCCAGGCAGUGUUCGGCUACUCCCUCAGUCUACUCAUGGGUGGCCUGAUCAUCGCGGGCCCCGUGUGGCGUGCGGGCUAUGUGACCAUGAUGGACCCGCUGCAGGAGACGUUCGGUGUCACCAUGGCCAGCCUGCUGUUCCUGCCCGCGCUCGUCGGAGAGGUCUGCUGGUGCGGGUCCAUCCUCAGCGCACUCGGCAGCACGCUGAGCGUGGUGACCGGGCUGGACAGCUAUGUGUCCGUGGGCGUGUCGGCGGCCGUGGCUGUGCUGUAUACUGUCUUUGGGGGCGUCUAUUCUGUCGCCUACACCGACGUAGUCCAGCUUUCAUUCAUCUUCAUCGGACUCGUGAGUAGCAGCACAUUUAUUUCGUCGAUCGCCGCGGCGAAAUACGGCGCCCAGCUCACCGCGACAGUCGCAUAUUCUUCUGUUUUCUUCCAUGUAAAAAAAUAG